AUGCAGGAGCGAGAGAAAGCAGCAGCGGCAGGCCCCCUCGCUCUUUUUUUUUUUUCUCUUGCGGAUGAAUGGGGCUGCGUGGGAGCCAGAGGGUAUCGAUACGUCUCCACGACCUGCAUGAUACAGACGGAUCCACUCUGUACCUCUGUACCCGCUCCCGCAGUCAUCACUCUCGCACCAAAGACCGGGCAAGGGCCCGGCGACCUCACACCUCAUCACAGGCUUGCCAACGCCGCAGAAUCCAACCGCACGCCCCCCGUCCAUCUCACUACCCGUUGCCUUCUAUCAGAUCGUCACCGUACUUUUGCUGCGGUUCUUGUUCUUCGUUCUGUUCCUUCGAUCGGUUCGAAGGGUCUAGCCCCGAACACAGUCAAGGCAAGUCCUACUUUAUACUCAUUCGCGUCCGCAGAGGCGCGCGAAAAUGUACGUGCUUGA